AUGGAGACCGCCAAGAACGCCGUUAACUACGUUUCCGAGACCAUCCAGGGUGGUGGUGCUCAGGCAUCCAAGGAGGCCAACAAGCACGUCGCCAAGGACUCUGAUGCCAGCUUGGGCAGCCGAGCUAGCGCCGCAAAGGAUGCCGUCUUCGACAAGAAGGAUGAGGCAUCCCACAACACCAAGGCCGAUGUCCACAAGGAGGCCACCAAGCACUAA